GUCGUCAGCUACUGUAUCCUGCACCGCGAAAAGCUGACCGGUCAGCCGACUCCACUACCUCCUCUCUCACGAGACCACACCCCUUCCUUUCACUUCCAACCCCGACAUGGAGCCCAUCAAAGUUCAGUCAGAAGGUGGCCUAAACGUGACCCUCACCAUCAGGCUGCUGAUGCACGGAAAGGAGGUGGGAAGCAUCAUAGGAAAGAAAGGAGAGACUGUGAAGAAAAUGCGCGAAGACAGUGGCGCCCGCAUCAACAUCUCAGAAGGGAACUGUCCAGAGCGGAUAGUGACCAUCACCGGGCCGACAGACGCCAUUUUUAAGGCAUUCGCCAUGAUUGCCUACAAGUUUGAGGAGGACAUAAUCAACUCCAUGAGUAACAGUCCGGCCACCAGUAAGCCUCCAGUAACCCUGAGGCUCGUCGUUCCUGCCAGCCAGUGCGGCUCCCUGAUCGGCAAAGGCGGCUCCAAAAUCAAAGAAAUGAGAGAGUCGACGGGAGCUCAGGUCCAGGUGGCAGGCGACAUGCUGCCCAACUCCACAGAGAGAGCGGUGACCAUCUCCGGGGCGCCGGAAGCCAUCAUCCAGUGUGUCAAACAGAUAUGUGUGGUGAUGCUGGAGUCCCCACCGAAAGGUGCCACCAUCCCCUACCGCCCAAAGCCUGCCUCCACCCCUGUCAUUUUUUCAGGUGGCCAGGUAAGAGCAGACCCACUGGGGGCGUCCACAGCCAACCUCAGCCUCUUACUGCAGCACCAGCCACUGCCUGCUUACACCAUUCAAGGACAGUACGCCAUCCCUCAUCCAGACCAGUUGAGCAAGCUCCACCAGUUGGCUAUGCAGCAAACCCCCUUUACCCCCCUCGGACAGACCACCCCUGCCUUCCCCGCAGCAGGUCUGGAUGCCAGUAACCAGGCCAGUACUCAUGAACUCACCAUUCCCAAUGAUCUAAUAGGCUGCAUAAUCGGACGCCAGGGAACCAAAAUCAACGAGAUCCGUCAGAUGUCUGGGGCGCAGAUCAAAAUUGCUAAUGCUAUGGAAGGGUCAUCGGAGCGCCAGAUCACCAUCACAGGGACCCCCGCCAACAUCAGCCUGGCUCAGUAUCUCAUUAAUGCAAGGUUCAGAGACGUGGCUGCCAUGUGGAAUGACCCAUCAUCCAUGACCACAUCCUGAGAUCCCUGACUGGCUCCUCCGUUUGGCCCUUUCCAAUGACCGACUACCGCAGACAACCCUGAUGAAGCCCCUCGGACUCUGGCUCUGGCUCUCCGAAAUCCCUGACCGCCUCACUGCUCUGGUUUACCCUAGAUCAGAGAGGUUUUUGUGGCCGCUUAUAUUUCAGAAAGCCAAGUUAAAUCGAAGAUUUAAAAAAAAAAAAAAAGACAUACAAAAAACUGUUGAUUAGGUUUUUUUUUAGAGAACUGUUAAAGCAUGUUGAAUGUUUAUUAGAACAAUCUGUGUUCAUUUUUCUCGGUUUUCUCUUCGUCUGUUGCUUUUCUAAAUAUCUUUCAUCGCUGCGUCAUAGAACAACAUUUAAAAAGUAUUAGCAAACGACUGAAGAUUUUUGUAGAACGUAGGAAUCUGUAUAUUAAACAGCUGCUCAGUGAUGCUAUCGGCAGAGUGUGUGGUGGGAUGUAGCUAAAUGACUCAAGUUUAAUUACAUAGUUUCAAAAGUAAAAGUAAAAAAAAAAAAGUAAAAAAGAUUGGACUGUUUCUUGUCGAAUCUCUGCCCAAGACUCUUUGCUGCAUCACAUGACCCUUUGAAGCCAAUGGUAUCACUCCUCCAGCCUCCCUUCUCAUGUUAAUUUCCUCUAUUUACAAUAUUAAUUAUACUGCAUGUGUUCAGUGUUGUGUCGUUGCGUAUUUGAGUAGAAAAAAAAACCCCAACCUGCUCCGUGCUUGUGCUUCAUGAGAUGUUGCUGUCAUAUCUUUGGGACCCUGUUUCUUUUCCAUAAACUUUUGCGACAUUUUCGACCGUUCACGUCCAGUCCUACUCCCCCCCCCAGACAGAAAGACUUUCCGACAUCGCCUCCGAUUAAUCGUAGCUAUAUACUGUAGAUGCAUGGAUGAGAAUUAGUGAAAAUCAGUGACUUAAAACACUGACGAAAAAUCUUAAUGAUUGUUUACUAACUUAUUAUGUAUUUUCUUUUGUACAAGGACUAUUGUGACUUGUCACAUUAGUCGACUACGCGGCGCUCAUGCAAUAGACUACUCAACACUUUACUCUGGACUGCCUCUGGUGUGAGAGGAUUAGUUGGACUACAAAGUCAGGUGCUGUCCAAACGUUUAGGGGUUUUCGGCGAACUUCGAAGAGGCUUAAACGUUUGGACACAUGGUACUUUUGAGGCCAAGGAAUGUUCAGGGGUUCAUUGGGGGGAACCCGCAGGGCCUGGGCGGACGUGACCACUCAGUCUCUUUUUCAUGAUUGUUCAUCUUGUCAUGUUUUGUUAUCGUCACGCAGUUGAUUUGACGCUUUAGUUUUGAAUGUCUUUUCAUUGUCACAACCACGUCCGCAACUCAAUUGUUUUUGUAAAGGACAAGUUGGAUGACAAUUUCUGCUUUGCUGGUCUUUCAUUGAGCCAGCAUGUAUUUAUCUAUAGUGUUGUGAUGCACAUAUUUUUUUGUUCGCUAAGCUAAGUUUGUUUUUGCUGUAUUGUACCUAAUAUGAGAAGGAGGCGUAGGUGAUAUUUGGUCAACUUAAGUAAUUCAACUAUCCAUUGAAUAUGCUACUUGUUAAGGAUGCUAAACAACUUGGGUGACCUUUUAGAGCUCCUGCUAAGUUCGGUUCAGCAUUGAACACUUCUUGAAUGUUGUUGUUGAAGCACAUUAACUCUAAUCUUACACAAACGCUUUGCAUUUGCAGUAGAUUUAGUCCUACAGACGCCAAUAUUCUUUUAUUUCUAGUCAUAAAUUUACUACAAAAGGAAAAAUCCGACUUUUUGGGGACACCGUUCCUGCUACAUCAACUAUUGUUAGCUCUCAGCUAAAUUAGUAUUACACUGGAAAUAGAAUCUAAAUGACCUGAAAUUUAUUAAUCUACAUCUAAUUUUUUUUAGGAUAACUAAUGCUAGGCUACCCAACAUAAAGUCUGAAAGCAAGAAACUGUAAUUCAAUGUUUUAUAAGCUAUUGAAUUUAUGUGAAGACUUUUUAUUUUAAACUAAUCAAGCAUCACACUGAAUAUGAAUACUUUCCUUUAGUAAUGUGAAUGGUUGCUAGGGGUAGUGGAUUUUUGUGAAUAUUUUUAACUAAUUAAACAACAUAUUAAAAGUCAUCAACAUUCUUAAACAAUAUUAGUGCUUAUUGGCUACCAUAGAAGUUAAAAUUAGCAGUGAGCUCCAAGUUUGUUGCACUUUUAUUUAUACAAAUUCUAAAUUAAAAUUCAUUAAAAGUUCUGAUUGUUACAUUUUAUGAAUUUUAUGUACAAAAUUAAUAUUAAUAACUUUCCAAAAUAACAUCAACAUUUGGCAGAAAAAUGUCUCUGUUGGCUGGCUAGCUUAAUAGUUAGCUCUGGCUGUGACUGAGCUAAAGCCAGGAAAGUCUAAUUAUAAAACUUGUAACUUGUAAAAUGUAUGUUUUAAAGGUUUUCUUUUACCAUCAUAUUAAGCAUUAAUGUUUCUAAAGUAAUUUCACUCCUUGAAAAAUUUUCCUCUAAUGGCCAGCUAGCAUAAUAGUUAGCACUGGCUUUGGCUAAGCUAUGUUAGCUUGAUUAAAACCCAGAAAGGUCUACAUUUAAACCCAAGUGUAGCUUUUGUGUUUUGCAAGUUUAAUAUUCUAGUGAAUACUGAUACAUUUUGAAAGUAACAUAAAUGCUUGACAGCAAUAUGCCACUCUUGGUUAGCUGGCUUACUUGUCAUCAUUGGCAGUAGUUAUGCUACGUUGCCAGACAGCUAAAAGUACUGUCCAGCUCGAAACAUUAUUUUCCAAAAUCACUUUUCUUCUCGAUCUUCAGUGUUUUGAUAACAAAUUGAGACUACGUACAUGGACCAAAUGCUGUUUAAAUCUACUAAAAGAUACACAGUCAAUGAUUAUUCUGCAAUAACUCUUUAUUUUUUAAUGUAUAAUCAAGUAGUCGUGGUAGCCUUUAAUGGAUUUGUGUUUCUUUUCAUUUUUCUCGUAACUUCUUGUAUUUAAGUGGGAAUAUUUGUCUAAUCAAAAGAAAAAGAAAAAGAAAAAAUAAAUUAUGUUUUUAGGACAGUUUGCUAAUACCAGACAGGGAAUUCUUUCUGCGUUACAGCGUAAACAGAGAAUACCCUGGAGGUUGACGUGGCUUUUUUUUUUACAACGGUUUUCAGUGCAUGCGUACGAUCGAAAUGUUCGCUUUAACAAUCAGUACUGAUUAGCUGUCUCUAUCACAGCUGACUGUGCAUUAAACAAAUGGUUUUGUUGUAUAUUUUGAAACUGAUUGCAAAGCAUAGCUAUUAAGUUGUAAGGCUAAGUAAUGGCAGUGCGAGUUCAAUAACAUCAGUAUUCAUGUGUGACUCGGUGUUUGAAAAUUGUAUUUACAUUUGUGUAUAUGCCUGAGUAUGCCACAACUUUGAAACAAACUGCAACUAAUGCAAUAAUAGGGUGCAAUGUGCAAUUAUUUAAUCGGUUAUUUCUUUAUUUGCUUGGUAGAUACAGAAGAGCUGUGUAGCCUGUUGAAAAUGCUUUUAUUUGAUCAACUUUUAGAGUGGCAGUAAUGGCUGGAAAAAAAAAAAAAAAAAAAGAUUCAUCCGAUUCUUUUUGUUAGUUUUGUUCAUGUGUAUUGCAGUUUGGAGCUGGAGGGGCGGGGUGGUGAUGGAGCUUUGUAACUAUUUUCAAUUGAUUUAUUUGCUAUGUGCAGAUCUAUAUUAGUUGUGAGUAAUUACAUAGGUUUUAAUUUAAC